GUAAUAGUAGGGUCCUCAUGCCAUGCCCUUGCUCUUUGCUUAUAUUUAUUAGCAUCAUUUCAAUCAAAACCCCAAACUCCAAGAAAAAACACAACACCAACACCAACACCAACAAUGGCCAUUCUUCUUCACCCUUUCUUUCUCUUCAUGCUCUUCAUCUCCAUCUUCAUCAACUCCAUUGAUGCCGCCAACUCAUUCUCACUUUUCACUGCCAAGUCCGCCGCCGCCAAUGCUGCCGUCGCCGGCGGCAUCGGCCGGCCGAACCCAUUCACGGCCAAAGCUGCCGCACUUCGUUACUGGGACCGGAAAAUCCCUGACGGCGGCCAAAAUCAUCCUUCAUUCUUAACAUCCAAGCUUUCCCCACUCUCCGCCGUUGACAGCGCCACCUACUCAACCCUCGCCGGCGCAAAUCCAUCCUCACUAACUCCUCAUCUUCCUGCCCUCUGCUCCGCCGCUCACCUCCUCUGUGCUCCGGCCAUCUCAUCCUCUUUGUCUUCCGAUUCAAAAGACUCCAACUUCAUCAGCUACGAAAACAGGAACUUCACUAACUACGGCACCGCCGCCGCCGGUGGCGCAAACUCAUUCAAGAACUACUCCGACUCUUUAAACGUUCCCGUCGACACGUUCCGGCGAUACUCUCGAGACUCCGCCGGCCAUGACGAGUCCUUUGCGUCCUACUCCCGGGAAGGCAACGUCGUCACCACCAACUUCACCUCCUACGCCACCGCCGCAACUGGCGGCGCUGGCAGCUUCUCUUCUUACCACAAGGAAACCAACGUCCCUAACCUCAAGUUCAGCAACUACAACGCCGACGCCAACGGCCACACCCAUACCUUCACCUCCUACGCCGACGACACCAACUCCGGCGACCAGUCCUUUUCCGGCUACGGCAAGCACGGCAACGACGCCCCUUCCAGCUUCACCUCCUACGGCAACAACUCCAACGUCAUCGGCUCCACCUUCACAAACUACGCCGAGGAAGCCAACGCCGCCGGCGACUCCUUCAACACCUACGGCUUCAACGGUAACGUCCCGGAGAACAACUUCAAAAACUACGCCGACGAAGCCAAUGCCGCCACCGAGACCUUCACCAGCUACCGCGACCAGUCCAACGUCGGCGACGACUCGUUCCGGUCGUACGGCGAUGACGGCAACAACCCAACCCUUAAGUUCUCCAACUACGGCAACUCCUUCAACGAAGGCAGUGAUCGGUUCCAGGCCUACGCCGAGAACGCUAACAACCCUAACGUCUCCUUCAAGGGCUACAACGGCGACAUCACCGGAUUCAGCUCUUAUUCUAAGACCGGGGUCACCUUCAAGAACUACAAGAACUCCUCCGUCGUUCCCCCGAACUUCUCGCCGGAAAAAAUGGAGGAAACUGUGACUCCGGUGAAGAGUGGCAAAAUCGUAAAUAGAUGGGUGGAACCAGGUAAAUUCUUCAGGGAGAGUAGCUUGAAGGAAGGGACGGUCAUGCCGAUGCCCGAUAUUCGGGAUAAGAUGCCUGAAAGGUCGUUUUUGCCCCGGAGCAUUGCGGAGAAAUUACCGUUUAGUGCCACUGAGUUGAGCCGAAUCUUCGGUGCGCCGGCUGAUACGGCGCUUGGCAAAGCCGUGGCGGAUACGAUAGCUGAGUGUGAGCGCAAGCCGAGCCGUGGUGAGACUAAGCGCUGCGCCACGUCAGCCGAGGAUAUGAUCGACUUUGCGGCUGAGGUGAUCGGGUCCUCCGCGGUGCCGCGGAGCACUGAGACCGUCGACGGAUCCAACGGUCAGAUCUUGGUCGGCAGAGUGAAGGGUCUGAACGGCGGUAAGGUUACCAAAGCGGUGUCAUGCCACCAGAGUCUUUUCCCUUACUUGACUUAUUACUGUCAUUCGGUACCCAUGGUGCGAGUGUACGAAGCGGAGAUCCUGGCCGUUGAUUCCAAGAAAAGGAUUAAUCGUGGGGUGGCGAUUUGUCAUCUUGACACGUCGGAUUGGAGUGAAGGGCAUGGGGCUUUUGUGGCGCUGGGGUUUAAGCCAGGGGAAAUUGAGGUCUGCCAUUGGAUCUUUGAAGGUGAUAUGACGUGGACGGUCGCGGAUUGAGACACGUGGCAGAUUCCUUGUUCUCUGUUCAGUGCCAACAAUAAUAAUAAUAAUAAUAAUAAUAAAAAUAAUAGUAAUAAUAAGUAAGAACAGUGAACCCUUUUUU